GGUUGAGUGAGCAGCGGCAUGGCUGCGUUCCGGGAGCUGGGAUUGGCUCCGUGGCUGGUGGAGCAGGCGCGGCAGAUGGGGCUGAGCCGGCCUACGCCCGUGCAGGCCUCCUGCAUCCCGCCAAUAUUGCAGGGCCGUGACUGCCUCGGCUGCGCCAAGACGGGUAGUGGGAAGACGGCAGCUUUCGUGCUGCCGGUGUUGCAGGUGCUCUCCGAAGAUCCCUAUGGCAUUUUCUGCCUGGUGCUAACGCCCACCAGGGAGCUGGCCUACCAGAUCGCCGAGCAGUUCCGUGUGCUGGGGAAGCCGCUGGGCCUGAAGGACUGCGUGGUGGUGGGCGGCCUGGACAUGGUGGCACAGGCCCUGGAGCUCUCCCGCAAACCCCACGUUGUCAUCGCGACGCCUGGCAGGCUGGCAGAUCAUCUUCGCAGUUCCAACACUUUCAGCCUUAAAAAGCUCAAAUUCUUGGUGUUGGAUGAAGCUGACCGGUUGUUGGAGCAGGGCUGUGCUGACUUCACGGCAGACCUGGAGGUGAUUCUGGAGGCUGUUCCAGCACGCAGGCAGACGCUGCUGUUCAGCGCCACGCUGACCGAUACGCUGAAUGAGCUGAAGAGCCUGGCCAUGAACAGACCUUUCUUCUGGGAGGCUGCAUCCGAGGUGCGGACAGUAGAUGAACUGGACCAGCGUUACUUGCUUGUACCCGAAGCAGUUAAGGAUGCAUACCUUGUCCAUUUAAUCCAGACCUUCCAGGAUGAGCAUGAAGACUGGUCUAUUAUUAUUUUUACCAAAACCUGCAAGGAAUGUCAAAUCCUGAAUAUGAUGCUUAGAAAGUUCAGUUUUCCUUCUGUAGCUCUGCAUUCCAUGAUGAAACAGCGGCAACGAUUUGCAGCUUUAGCAAAGUUCAAAUCCAGCAUCUUUAAGAUUCUUAUUGCUACAGAUGUUGCUGCCAGAGGCUUGGACAUUCCUACUGUACAAGUUGUCAUCAACCACAACACUCCAGGCCUGCCAAAAAUCUACAUUCACCGGGUUGGCCGGACAGCCCGUGCAGGUCGGAACGGGAUCUCCAUUACAAUGGUGACACAGUAUGACAUCCAUCUUGUGCACGCUAUCGAGGAGGAGAUCAAACUGAAGCUGCAGGAGUUUUCUGUGGAAGAGAAACUGGUGCUUGACAUCCUUAACCAUGUGAAUGUUACAAGGAGGGAGUGUGAAAUAGAACUGGAGUACAUGGAUUUUGACGAGAAGAAGGAAAUAAAUAAGCGGAAACAAAUGAUCCUUGAAGGAAAGGAUCCAGAUCUGGAGGAAAAAAGGAAGGCAGAGCUGGCCAAGAUCAAGAAGAAAAACAAUAAAUUCCGUGAGAAGGUCCAGCAGACACUGCAGGAAAAAAAGCAACUGCAGGUGAAGAGGAAACUACAGAAGAAAAUGGAGCGGCGGAACAAACUGCAGGCUAAGGAAGAGAAAUAACAUCCUUGGCCUCCCACUGAUGGAGGAAGUGUGGGAGCUCUGCUGGUUGGCUCGGACUGCCCUGGUGUUGCUGCUGCUUUGGGAAUAGUGGGAUCCAAGAAUUUUUAUGUGGACACUUUGACCUGAAACCAGUGUUGGAGAGUGUGGGGAAGGUGGAUGAGGGGAGAAGGGACACUGAUGAACUGUCCCCAUUACUUUUCCUCUCUGUGUAGUGCUGCUGGCUUGGGCCUUUCCUGACAAGCUCAGUCAAUCUCCUGAAAGAAAGUCUUUUCAAGAGUAUGUUUCCUUCCUCUGGUAAAGGAGAGGCCAGACCAGAAUUCCUGAUGAUACAAAGGGAAAUAAAGAUCCUCUCUCUGUUCCCCUUCA